AUUUAAAAGCGCUUGUUUUAUGUUUGAACGAAUCGCCGGUCGCUUUCUCGUGAAAGGAGAGGUAUGGAGGUCGCUUCUUCAUGUUUUCACGCAAACGGUGACGAUGGUGAGCUGAUCAAAUUAGUUACGGAGCGUUUUUAUGUAUGAUAUAGAUGACGAAAAGUGAUCGCAUUGAUAUACACGAAGACAACCUCGGGACAAGACAAGUUCAGAAUAUAAGAUUAUUAGAAGAUAGAAAAGAAUGGGACAGUCGAUUUUAUAAUACAUUCACGUGACAAGUUAUCAUGUGAAGAUUAACAAUUUAAUACAAAAUUCGAACGAGAUUCUACAUUAGUCGUAGAAGCUCAUCGCACAGAUACGAGAGAGAGAGAGAGAGAGAGAGAGAAUGACAGGAGAAAAGAGACAGGAGGAAGAGAAAAAGAGAUAGAAGAAUCGAUCAAUGUGACAAUUACACAUGAAGUAAAAUUGUUGCGAAAGGUUGCAUAAACACGACCAUAUUCAAGACAAGCCCUAUUGUCGCCCCAAGUGAACGCAGAAUUGAAAAAAAACGGACUCGUGGUCAUCUAUUCAGACGAGACGUGGAACGCGGAAAAAGGAAACGAAACGGAAACGUUGUGUAUAAGGAAGCAACAGAGAGAACGGUGACACAAUUUUCCUGUCAUAUCGUCGAGAUGGAGUUCAAGUUCAACGUAAAUAAAGUGUUGCCUAGAAAGAUUAACAAGGUCACGUACAACUUGAUACCGGAAGAUUUCAAGGGCGAUCGGCGCGAGUUGAAUGAAUGUCAGAGACUAUUAAGUAGAAUAUUGGAUGAUAUGGGUGAGGCAUCGGCGAGAGCUCAAGGUCUCAACAAAUCCGUUACGAGUGCUCUGAAACUUCGAGAUACGGAUCACACGGUUUACCUUCUCGUAGAUAAUAACGCAAAUAACGGAUUCGGCAGCGUGGUGGGUUUACUGAAAACAGGAUCAAAGAAUCUGUUUUUAUUCGAUGAAACAGGGGAGCAUUAUCAACUACAGGCAAGAUGCAUCUUAGAUUUCUACGUACAUGAAUCGCGACAACGAAUGGGUCUAGGCAAUAUUCUCUAUCAACACAUGUUACAUGAGGAAAAUGUUAGACCAGUGAAAUUGGCGAUAGAUCGACCAUCGGAAAAAUUUUUAGCUUUUCUACACAAAUAUUAUGGACUCUCGAAGAUUAUUCCACAGAAUAAUAAAUUCGUUGUUUUUGAAGGGUUCUUUGAUGACGAGCGGAGAUAUGUGAGGAACAACAGAUACAGCCUACCUCCCAAAGCAAACUUGAAUGAGAAUAUACCAAGUAAUAAUGACAAUAGUGGAAAAAACGCUAGUCUCAAUGCGGUCCCAUAUGUGACAUCCGUUUCUCGUGGCUCAUUUGGUAGAUACGCAGCUGCACGACCGCCUUGUUCUAUGGCAAAUAUAAUUCAUAACACAGCGGUGCUUGGUCAAUCAGCCGAGCAUACCGGUAAUGAGGACUACGGCAGUAGUACGUCACCACUUCCACCAUUGAAGCUGGAGCGACCACGUUCUCUGAGCCUCUAUUCCGAGGAAGAACAAAAGCAACGUAACCUCGAGAUGAACACUGUUCCGACACCCAUUAUACCAGAUAAUCAAAUAAAACCUUUCAUCCCUGCCUUGCUGGAAGCAGAAAAAACCGAAAAAAACAUAAAGCCGCCAUCAUGCGGUCAAGAAGUAACUACGAGCACCAAUCAGCAUGGCCAUUUAGAUCUCAAGUUUUAUCAUUCACCCUUGUGGUGAAAUGAUUUAAUAUGUAUUUAUUUUGUUUAUCGUUUUUUCGUAAGGAAUUUUAAAGAGAAGUGGAUCAAAUUAAAUUUGAUUUGUUCCUUUCUUAUCUCUGACUAAAUAUGCGUAAAAAGCGAAUGGUUUAGUUUUCAUAUUUAAAAUCAAGUUGAUGAAGUUUAUGAUUUCAUCAAUAAGCUAAUCGUGAGUUCGAUUGAGUGCGCAGAAUUAAAGUCUGUUUUACAUUAAUCUAUCUAGAUAUAAAAAUAUAAUAUAAAUAUCUUUUAUUGAUAAAAUGCUCAAUAUAGAUUUCAUUAAACAGUGUAAUUAAUUGUGGAUGCUUUCCAGCAAGUGACAUAGAAGACACAGUGUAAUAUCAUGUUCAACACGGAACAUUCCAACAGUGACACAGUGACACUAUUCAAUACAAUAAAAAUUUAAGUUUUAGCGUGUAAUGCACAUCAAUACCAUCAACAUUUCAACAAAUUAUUUAGUAGCCAUGCUCAUUUUGGCAUAUAAUCUAAUAUGAAGAUUGUAUCGCAUUAUAUGAAUGAUUCCAUGGGCGAAAUUAAGUUUAGCUCUUGAUCCAAUAUUUUUCAAGACUAGCUGAAAAAGAAAUUAAUGUGCUAAGUAGAUUAUAAUUAUAGUAAAAUCUCUAUUUAAGAAACUGUCUAUUAAAUAAACUAUGAUUUUAUGUUUCAUAUUAUGUAAUUUCUAAAUAAAAUUUAAAAGACAA